GGCACAGAACAGUACGGCACAGGGUAUUACGGAACGGAACAAUAUGGCACCGGUUACACCGGAACACCGACUGUAGGGCAGACUGGAAAAGAGAGCGACACGUAAGUAGGUGCACUGGUAUAGGCGAUCAGUGCUGGGCAAGUAUAGAUGACGAAGGAAUAUGUUCAGAACAUCCGGAUUUGCUCGGUUAAGAUCAGCGAAAGGAAAUUUUGGAAUGUGUCCACAGGAACGGCGCUUGAAAGAUCGUCCCGGAUUCACUGUCGCUACAAUAACCUCGAUUGGCAUAUUUGUUGUAAGCCCAUCCUGUGGUGAAUGACCCCCGUCCUAACAGCAUUAACCAACACACGAAUCGAACCAUAGCCGUGUUCAAUUUAAGAAGCAAAAGAAAUCUAGUCCGUCCGCCCUCAGAGGAUUAUUGCGACGCAUCUAAGAUUGCUGGACAGAGGUCACGCUCCCUCCUGCCCUAGAUAAUGUAGUCCGUCACACCCACUCUCUUUCUGUAUUGGCUGUAAUGCUGGCCGCAUCACACUACGCUGCGGCAGAAAGUGCGGUCCCCCAUACUGAUGGCGCAUGGUGGAGCUGCAAUAUUUCUCCUCGCGCACUAAUGCGUCUCCUUAUCUCCAACCGCCUAUGUAGUUGACGGACUAGAUUUUUUUUCCUCCUUAAGUUGAACACGAUUAUAGUCAUGCCGGGAAGGUAUUGCGGGGCAGGGCGCUGCCGUGGAGAAGCUGAUACGUCCCCAACGUGAAUUUCUAAGUCACGUGCCAUGAGAAUAUACGUACUGGACGUAACAGAAGUGGUUGGCUGUGAACAUAGAACUAUCAUAGUAACUAGAAACCAAGUCAGCGAAGGGGGGGGGGGGAUCUCAAUAUGUGGGACGCCAUGAUCGAUACGUUAUAGACCUAGCGUGGUCUGAACGGUGUCCCCUACGAGUCCUGUGCGCUGUACUUUACAGCAUGUCGCAGCACAAGAAAUUUUGGAGUUCAAAAAAGAAAUUCAAUUUAUUUUAAUUAAAAUCAAAUGAAAAUAUUCUUUCAAGGUGGCAAAUUCAGUUGCCACACAAGUGCCGUUUACCCCGUAUUUUUCCGUCGCCCUGUUUUUUUAUUAAGUCCGAAUGAUAUGUUUUUUGAAACACCCUGUAUAAAUCUUCCGCAGCUUUCCUGAUCUCCUAAUAAUUCACAGGUCCUCCCUUACGUGUGCUAUGCUGGUGGCAAUCAUCGUCAUCGUCCUUGGCACAGGUUUGGUUCUGGUGUUUGUCACCCCAAAGCUAUUAGGGACUGAAACGGAUGCUGACAGCACCACUGAUGUUGUACAAGACGGGGUCUCCUCAUCCUCAUCAUCUUCAGGUCCUGGAGUGGAUUACCCUCCGAAUCCUCCUCCCUUCCCGGUAAUGACGACUACAACGACGACAACGACCACGACGACAACUACAACGACCACGACGACGACUCUACGGCCACUGGUUGACUGGGGAGAGAGGCCUCUGAUCUGCCUAUUGAAGAACUACACGACAGCGGAUACCUUUUUUCCCGACGACGGCGUCUGCGACAUGGUGUAUCUGCAAGCGGACUUCCCCAAGUUAAAAAGUCCGGGUAAUGCACUGAUGGCGAAAUUCUCCAGCGAAUCGAAAGAUAAACCGAACACACUCUACGGAUUUUCCGUUACGACAGACACUGUCCGCAGGGGCGAUUUUGCUAAUACUCUAAAUGACACUGACGUGCAGACCCUCCUGCGCACGGCGUGGCAAAAUUGGAUUCGCAACUACGGCUUUUUAGACCUCGUACUCGGCAAACCAUACACGCCAGUUCAAUUGGACGCCACUUUCGAGUGGUUGAAAAAACUAAAAGAAUUGAGCGAAGGUUUCAACAAUGAUUUCCCGCAGCACUCCCAAUACCCCAACCACCUAAUAGUAGGGGUGACACCACGUUUCAGGGAUGGUCAAGGGGACAUUGCCGUGUGGGACAACCUCGUACAGCAAAUAGUGGACAAAAAGCUCGCAGACGGAUUCCUGGUCAACCCCGUGGCAGAUAUAGUCUUGAAGAAGGGGUCAGACUUCCUGGUGCAUUCACCGGCGCCCUGGACCGACAACUUCGCCAUGCAAAGACCAAAUUUUGAAGGCGUAUUGAAAUUCCUUGGAAACUUGACCGUCGAUCCAUCCGUGAAGCUAUUCCUCUCAUUUGAUGCAAAAGGACUACAGUUCACACCGAAAGCCAAUUCUCCAUUGACGAAAGAUACCAAAGAUGGCGCACAGACAAAACAACUGAAUGGUGUCACUCGAAGUUCGAUAUGUGAGAUAUACCAGAAUGUCGCUGCUACUAGUCCUACGUCAUAUCGUGUGGAUAACGGCACACUGUCGACGUACGUUAAGAGUCAGUCGGACCCUGCCUUGUAUGUAUUCGACACACCUCAAAAUAUGGCGGCUAAGGUGUGUUUCGCUUUCACGGAAUAUAGAUUUCAAGGAGGAUACUGCAUCGCUAGCACCGAGUACGCAGACAGUGGGAAAUGUGAUCCAAUCAAGUUGCAGAGCGGCGCCGAAAUCCGAGGUACUCAUGCCAUCCUGAGCUAUGUUCGGACUCUGGCAAACAGAACGUUCGUAAUAGGAGUAGACUGCAGGAAAGUUCCCGCUUGAAUCACGUGGCUGCGGACAUCUCUGUGUGCGGACGCUGCAGGCGUAAACGCGACUGUGCCGUUUCUUGUAUACUAUCCAAACACUUGUUUCUAAAAAAAGAUUCAAUAUUUUGCCAA